AUGUUGGACACAGCCACCGAGAGCCACCAGUUGCCGUUUGUGGUGAUCGCGGUGAUUGUCGUUUAUUCGAUGUUAGCCGUUUUCGGUCUACUGGGCAAUAUUUGGGUGAUGUGGACGGUGCUGUCACAAUUGUUGGGAUGUGGAUCAGGUGGUCGCCCGCACAAACCUCCGCUCCAAUCCUCAGCUUUCAUCUAUUUAUUGUUAUUAUCUGUUGUUGAUUCGAUUUCCUUUCUGCCAAUUCCUUUACUUGUCACCGAUCUCAUUAUGAAUCAAUGGCCAUUCGGGUUGCCUAUUUGCAAGUUGUUCCUUAUUUGUGAGGGUUUUAACAAAACCCUCUCGCCGAUGGUGCUCACCGCGCUCAGCAUUGACCGAUACAUUGCCGUUUGUAAGCCAACGUUGGUUUGGAUGCGACAGACGCAAUUCUCCCUCCUCGUCGUGCUGAUUUGUGUGCUUUUGUCGAUGACUUUCAUCGUUCCAAUCGGAUUUCAUGCUGAGGUCGCAGAGAUGCGUUUCGCUCCGGAUGUGUUCGUCAAUAAAUGCGUGUUGAUCCUCGAAACACAGGGUGUUUUCAAUUUGGCUCAAGCGAUCGCCUGCUAUGUGAUUCCUCUUCUCCUCAUCUGUUCAGUCUACACGGCAAUUCUUAAUAAGCUCUAUCGCCACACUCGAAUCUCAUCAGUCGGAAGAAAAACGUCAAUCUCGUUGUCACGAGUCGUGAAGUGCUCGGUGCUCGUUGUGGCCUUUUAUUUCAUCUGUUGGACUCCGUAUUUCACCAUGCAACUUCACCAUUCCCUUUCCGGAGGAGACCCAGAAGAAGAUGUGCCGAUGCGGAACGGGACUGAAAAGGUGCAUCCGAUGCGGAACGAGACUAAAGAGGUGCAUCCAAUGCGGAACGAGACUGACUACAAGACGGGACAACAAUCGGGGAGUUUGGAUCCAAAUACGGCGAUCUUUCUCCAGUACAUGCUUCACGCUCUCCCGUACACGCAAAGUGCCUUCAACUGGGUUUUCUAUGCUUUCUUGAAUAGAAACCUCCGAAAUUCGAAUCAAAGAGCGAAUGGUGUUCGAUCGACAGCGAGCACUUUUGUCGCAGAUGGGAUCAGCAACGGGAGCGGUAAUGGGGCGCCGAUUUGGAAAAAUAUCCAACAAAUGGGCAGCACGUUGAAAGCAGCCGGACUUGACACGGGUCAUCUUCUCCUCCGAAACUCUCCUUUCCGGAGUCGAUCGAAAAAACACUAUCGCAGUUCAACAUGUUUGGAGAAACCAUCAACGCUUUUGGUGACAUCGAUUGGAAUGGAGAGAUCAUCGAUGUUGGAGUUGUCGAUGGAAAGAGAAGCACUCAGUCUUCCCGACUCUCCACCGAGAAGCAACAGCGCUGCCGCGUCGAUUCCGCACAAUUCCCUUCACAAUGAAGCGUCGGCCACUUCCUCUGUGGAAUGGCUA